CCCCAGGGAAGGUGCCGCGGCGGCAGGAGGCGGCGGCGGCCCGCAGGAUGGGCGGCAGAGUCGGCUUUUUCGAGGUGGAAAUCCUUGACUGGAAGACAAAGAAACAGCUAUGCUUCCUAGACAAGGUGGAACCAAAUGCCACAAUUAGGGAGAUCAGGCUGAUGUUCCAUAAAUUAUAUCCUCAGUGGUAUCCAGCAAGGCAGUCAAUAAAACUUGAUCCAAAAGGAAAGUCACUGAAGGAUGAGGAAAUCCUGCAGCAUCUCCCUGUUGGCACAACUGCUACCUUAUAUUUUAAAGAUUUAGGGCCACAGAUAGGCUGGACUAUGGUGUUUUUGAUAGAAUAUACAGGUCCAUUGUUCAUCUAUUUUCUGUUUUAUUUCCGCAUGCCUUUUGUCUAUGGACUGGAUGAGAGUUUUACAUCAAGACCACAUCCAGUAGUUAACUUGGCAUGUAUCUGCCAUUCUUUCCACUACAUCAAAAGGUUGAUUGAAACAGUAUUUGUUCAUCGGUUCUCCCAUGGGACUAUGCCACUGAGGAAUAUUGUGAAGAACUGCUUAUAUUACUGGGGAUUUGCAGCUUGGCUUGCUUAUUACAUCAAUCAUCCUCUUUACACUCCGCCUUCUUAUGGGAAAAAGCAGAUCAAUUUUGCUGUGAUCAUGUUUCUGCUCUGUGAAGCUGGAAAUUUUUCCAUUCACGUUGCGCUCAGUGACCUCCAGAGAAAGGGAUCCAAAACCCGUAAGAUCCCAUAUCCAACAAAGAAUCCUUUCACAUGGCUGUUUUUCUUUGUAUCUUGCCCUAACUAUACAUAUGAGGUGGGGACCUGGAUCAGUUUCACUAUCAUGACUCAAUGUGUUCCAGUGGGGCUAUUCACCUUUCUUUGCUUCAUUCAGAUGACAAUUUGGGCAAAGGAUAAACAUUGCACCUACCUACGGGAAUUCAAGGAUUAUCCAAGUCUUCGAAUGCCCAUUAUUCCCUUUUUGUUAUAAAAGGUCUAAUUUGGAUACUGCACAGAACUUCAAGAAGAAAAAGUUGAUAAGCCUACCCAAUAAGUGAAUUUAUUUAAAGGAUUUUGGUGCAUGUUGAAGCUCCACUGCUGAGAGAAACUGUAUGCACUUGAAAACUACCAAAAGCCUCUACAGUUCACUGUAACUUGAUUGACUUAGGUUUUUUUGUACUAGUGUGUUUAGACUGAUGGAUCAGAGAUACCGAGAAGUAUGUGCUGAAAAGCAGCUCCAAAUUUAGCAGCGGUAUUCUGAAAGAUGUAAGUGCAUUGGAACGAGGACAUACCAGCUAACUACUAGAGAGCUCUGCUCAGCCAGCACAGCCAGCUGACCUGAAGACAGUUGCAUGAUCUGCUGCCUUUGAUUUGAAGAAGAGUGUGCUGCCUGGUGGCAGCUGCUUUGUAACAAAUAAUGUUACCAAAGAAUACAAAUGGCUUCUGGAAUAAAGAAACAGGCAAUAUCUCAAAUACCUGAUUUGGGUGUAACCUCUAAUUUGCCAAAAGAAUUUGAACCAAGAAGUAUUUGUAGCAAA